AAAAAAAAAAAAAAAAAAAAAAAGCUAGGUCCUGAGGCAGCUGGUGGAAAAACAGAGAAGGGAAGUCAAAAGGCUACUUGCUGUCAGCUGAAACCAGGCUAGAAGUUAUGUAGUGCAAUGAAAAAUGAGGAAUUACUAUCCUUGUCCUCAAGCCACCCAGAAUUUAGAGGGAGACCCAGACUUUGACUUAAUUACUAACAAAUAUAUUGCAACAGAGCAUUCGUAACCGAGGCACAUUUGCCUUUUGCAACUAAGCUGUACUGAAUUCCAAAGCCAUAGAAAUAUCCAUUUUAACCUGGAAAGUCCUUUUCUUUGCUAGUCCAGAAGAUUUUUUAACAUGAACAAGAUCCUCUCAAGCACUCUUUGCUUUGGACUCCUAACGUUGUCAUCUGUGUUGAUCUUUUUACAAUCUGUGCGUGGACGGCCGUAUUUUACCCAAGGAAACGAAAUACUUCCAGAUAAAAAUUAUCCAAAUCGUGAGGAACUGUUGCUGGCUCUACUGAAUAAAAAUUUUGAUUUCCAAAGACCUUUCAACACUGAUCUAGCAUUGCCUAACAAACUGGAAGAACUUAACCAGUUUUAUCAGCUGGAAAAGCUAAAAGAACAGCUAGUGGAGAAGGAUUCUGACAUGUCCUAUGCUAUAGAUGGUCUAUUCUCUUCUCAUCCUAGCAAACGAGCUUGCUUUUGGAAAUACUGUGUUUAAAGCUUUUUCUCAGGAUGCAAAGAAAGAUAAGAAUAUCAGGAAAAGAUAUGUAUCUACCCACUCUACUGUUUAAAAUUGUAGCUGUUUCAAUCACAAAGAAACUGGCAUUUAUUCUGCAUAUGAUGUUUUCACCUUGUUCUUGUUACUAAGUCAAUUGUAAUAAGCUUAAGGUUUAUGUUGUGAAUAAUCACUAAUUAGUUGCACUUUUGAAUGGCACGUCAUUAUCAAAAUGGGUUUGUAGAGCUAGAGUUGAAAAUGCUGUAUCUAUUGUAUGCUUUCUAUAAAUUCAUUGCUCAUGUAAAGUUUUGUCCUGUUGUGACUAUGCUGAACUAUUAAUUAAAACAUUUUGAAAAGCAUCUUGGAAGGUUAAAUUAUGUUGUCUCAUGUUACAUGGCAAAUAUGCAUUAUUGUUCUUUCUCAUUUUUAUGACUGUGUUGGCCACCUCUCUUUUCUAUGAAUUUGAACAAUGGUCAUUGAGACUACCCCAACAAAUGAAUACAUUACUAAAGGAGAAACAGAUUUAUUAAACUCUGGGGGAAAAGUACUAGAUGUCUUAAAGAUAGAACGUUAAGAAAAUUUUCUUAAAAUAAUGAUUUGCCUUUUGUUUUCUUAAUUUUCAUGUCUGCCUUCUCCACAACAUGAGAAAUUAUUUGAGACUCUCAGCAUGCUUGUAAGAGUUUAGACACAAUGUGGUUAAAAAAACCAAAAACCAAAAAACAAACAAAAACAAAAACAAAAAAACAAAACCCACAAAAACUCGUUGGCUUUCUCUUGAUUAGUUUUUGUUUCACGUCUAUACAUCAUACUGCCCUUGCUUACAUCUAAACAAAUUUAUUUAGUCAAUUAAAAGUUGGAUAGUCAACCUCAAUUUUGUUUACAAUCUGUGCUGGCACAAAUAUAUGGCCAAAGUAACUUUACAAUGAAAGAAUAUUAAUGGCUAGCUUACUCUGUGAUAGCUGACCAGAUCAGUCUACGUACCACCCUUUACAAUAUGGGGAGGAGAAGAUACAGUUUAAUCUACGUAACAUUGUGUGGUGCUUAAGAUAUAGCUGUCUUAUAAGAUAAAAUGAAUAAUAUUGCUUAAUCUAUUAAAAAAAAUUAAGGGGCUGGGCAUGGUGGCUCACGCCUGUGAUCCCAAUAAUUUGGGAGGCCGAGGCGGGCAGAUCACCUGAGGUCAGUAGUUUGAGACCAGCCUGACCAACAUGGAGAAACCCUGUCUCUAUUCAAAAUACAAAAUUAGCUGGGUCUGGUGGCACAUGUCUGUAAUCCCAGCUACUCCGGAGGCUGAGGCAGGAGAAUCACUUGAACCCAGGAGGCAGAGGUUGCCAUGAGCCGAGAUCACCCCACUGCACUCCAGCCUGGCAACAAGAGUGAAACUCGGUCUAAAAAAAAAUAAUCAAAGGCUAGGCCCAAAGGCUCACACCUGUAAUCCCACCACUUUGGAAUGCGGAGGUGGCAGUGGAAGGCAUCAGGCUUAAGCUCAGGAGUUUUGAGACCAGCCUGAGCAACAUGGUGAAACCCCAUCUCUACAAAAAAUACAAAGAUUAGCCAGGAGUCGUCACAUGUGUUUGCAGUCCCAGCUACCUGGGAGACUGAGGUGGGAGGACUGCUUGAGCCAGGGAGAUGGAGGCUUCCGUGAGCUGCGAUCGCACCACUGCAUUCCAGUCUGGAGCAAGACCAUUUUUCAAACGACAAAUGUGUUAUAAUAAAUAAAGAUGAAAACUCCUGCUUUCA